AUGGCCGCGCUCAUAAAACUGCCAACCGAAGUGUUGCAACAGAUCCUGUUGCAUGUCCACGAUGGUUUUCAAAGACAUCGUUUUGGAAGAUACCACCCGCCGCUCGGUCGGUACGAAUUGAAAGGGAUCAAUCAUCGGGCAAACUUAUGUUCUCUACGUUCAGUCAACCGGCUGUUCAAUCAACUCGUCACGCCAUUACUGUUCCAGCAUGCCGUCAUCACUUCCAGCAGUGGCGUCACGCGUCUUCAACAAUUAUCGAAGAAUCCCUCACUCCGCGGACUUGUCCGUCGCCUAGAGAUCUGCGUCGAAGUCCAACCUAUAACAGACUUUGACGCUUUCGACGCAAAGUUGAAGACGAAUGAAGACAAGAAUCUGAAAUAUCUCGCACGACUAGCUAUCGUCAUCCACAGUACCUUGCCAAGGUUUUCUGGCCUUAAGAUCUUGAAGCUCGACUUCACGGCAAUUCCAUAUCGGCUCGACCGGGAAAAUUAUGAUCUAGGGAGCCCUGACGGCUACUGGGAGCAGGACACUGCGAACCUCUUCGAAUCCUUGGCUACAGCUAUGCGCAGAUCUCAGCUUAACAGGCUAGAUGAAGUUGACCUCUCACUUCCACUCGCAUUUGACUUUGGCCACUUUCUGGACGACGAUGACGACAACGACGACGACACAAAACCACAUUCAACACGGGCUCUUUUCCAACGACUCAAGCAUCUCAGGCUUACCUAUGAGCAUUGCACCGACGAAGGCGAGGGCGUAGAGUUCCGGUGGAGGCAGCCCAAUGAAGAGUAUGAUAAAUACAUCCGACAACUACUGCUGCUUGCGCCGAAUAUACACUCUCUAACACUCCAGGGCUCUGACGUACUCAUGCUUGACCAGCCAGCAAUCGCUCCUCUACGCCUGCGAUCGCUGGACCUGCAGAGCCUGUCGAUAACUGGCGAUGCCUUCACUGCGCUUAUCCAGCAAUCUAUAGCACUCGAAGAUGUCAUUCUACGUGGUGUCUAUCUCGAAUCUGGCACGUGGAAGGAGAUUCUCUCAGCGAUGAGCCAGUUGCCGAUUACUUCCUUCUACAUCGAGACGUGCGGUUACCAGAUUGAAGGCGAGAAUGGGGACUUUCGCCCGCUAAGUCCGGGCUUCCGACCUAGCGAUGCUUUCAUAGAGACGACUGAAGCUGACGAUCUCGAUGCUUGCGAGGCGGUGUUUUCACAGGUGCAGGAGAAUAAGCGUCAGAUAUAUGGAAGUAAAUACGACGAGGCUGCGGACGUAGAGCGCAGGGGAGUUGAACUAAGGACGAUUGAGAUGAAAUGGGACGCGCUAACCGAGUUUAUGAAGCGCAGGUAUGCCGCCGAGGUGUCUGAGGAUGAGUCUUCAGAAGUUGAGAUAACUGACACUGAGGCAUCCGAUAGUGAGUAGAUUGCAUCGAGCCAUGAUAUCUAUCACAAAUAGCAUAGAUGCUUUGUAUGCUCUUAUUUAGUCUCGGCUGUAAUAGUUGCGGUAGCCUUGGUCGCAUAUGAGGCUGACACCGCAGUAAGCUCUCAAGCAGUUAGAAUAAUUAGAAUGGUAACGGCUAGAUAGGAAAAGUAUGCUGGGCCAUAUGGAGGAGUUCGUGGUUUGUAGAGUAGCCAGUACAGCAGGUUUAUCGUGAGGCAUGGAUGC